AUGAUGGAUUGCAUUGAUGAUAAUAGCAAUGAUCCUCUGACUGCUCAAGUUUCAUCCCCAUCUGGAGACACUAAAGUUGAUAAAAAGAAACCCAAUGAGAAUGUCUCGUUAACGGAUAAUAGUUUACUGGUGGAUAUAUCUGAUGCUUUGAGUGAGAAAGAAAAAGUCAAAUUCACGGUUCACACAAAGACAACGUUGCCGGAAUUUCAGAAAUCUGAGUUUUUUGUUGUCCGACAACAUGAGGAGUUUGUGUGGCUUCACGAUAGAUAUGAGGAAAAUGAAGAAUAUGCUGGAUAUAUUAUUCCGCCCGCACCUCCCCGUCCCGAUUUCGACGCGUCCAGGGAGAAGUUACAACGACUGGGGGAAGGAGAAGGAGCUCUAACACGAGAGGAAUUCCUCAAAAUGAAGGAGGAACUCGAGGAGGAAUAUUUAGCGACUUUUAAGAAGACGGUUGCUAUGCACGAAGUUUUCCUUCAGCGGUUGGCAUCACACCCUGUAUUCAGAGGAGAUGCGCAUUUGAGAGUGUUCCUGGAGUAUGAACAGGAUCUAUGUGCAAAGCCGCGCGGCAGAAUGGACCUUAUUGGAGGUUUAAUGAGGUCAAUGACCACUACAACAGAUGAGAUUUAUCUCGGCGCUACAGUCAGAGAUGUUAAUGACUUCUUCGAGCAAGAGACAGCGUUCCUCCAAGAAUAUUAUUCUCAUCUCAAAGAGGCUGUAGCUAAAGUCGACCGUAUGACCAGCAAGCAUAAGGAGGUGGCAGAUGCUCACAUCAAGCUAUCAUCCUGCGUGACUCAGUUGGCGACUCGUGAAGCUCCACACACUGAACGGUUCCUCAGCAGGGCUGCCGACACCUUCGACAAGUGUAGGAAAAUCGAGGGUCGUAUGGCAUCAGACCAGGAUCUAAAGCUAGCGGAUACUCUACGUUACUAUAUGAGGGACACGCACGCGGCUAAGGCGGUGUUAGUGAGGAGAUUAAGAUGUCUGGCUGCAUACGAAGCGGCUAAUAGAAAUUUAGAGAGGGCUAGAGCAAAGAAUAAGGAUGUUCACGCCCCAAUGGAAGUACAAGAGGCUGAACAAGCCCAAGCGGACGCGUGCGCUCGUUUCGAACAGCUAUCAGCUCGAGCCAGGGAGGAGUUAAUAGACUUCAGAACAAGAAGAGUAGCGGCCUUCAAGAAAAGUUUAAUAGAUCUUGCGGAGUUAGAGAUCAAACAUGCUCGGGCCCAGCAGGAGUUGUUCAGGAAGUCAUUACAAGUAUUGAGGGAAUGUCAUUAA